AUGUCUGUCUUAUUAUUCUACUUAUUACUUUGUUCUGUUUAUUUGGUCAAUUCGAGAACAAUUACACUUAGAGUUCCUGAGAGUAUCAGUUCAGAAUUCCCAUAUGAAACUCUCGAAGAACAAUUUAAACGAUCGGAUAAAAAUGGUGAUAACAAAUUAUCAUUUGAUGAAUAUCUUCACUUAAAUUUACUCUAUGAAAGAAUGAAGAAAUUUGAAUUUAAACAAAUCGACAAAAAUAAUGAUGGAUACAUUUCACGUAGUGAACAUGAUGAUGCUGAAGGUGUAAAACAAAAGGAAAUUAUUGAUGAACGACGUGCCCAAUAUUUUCAACAAAUUUAUGAAGAAUUUGAUAAGAACUUUGAUUUAAAAUUGGAUAUGAAAGAGGUGAAAGAAAUAUUGGCUGAACGAUAUGCAUUGAAACCUCGUCUCAAUUUCCAGUCAAUAUUUGAUUCAUUCGAUAAGAAUCAUGAUGGCGGACUUGAAUUAUCCGAGUAUGUCAAAUUCGACGGUGAAGUACCAUUUGAGGAAAUGGAUCCAUUUAAUGAUAAUCAAUUAUCAUCGAAAAAAAUUGCCAAAGAGAAAUUAUUGACACAAAAAUCAAAACCAUUGAUCAAAAUUUAA